AUGGAGAGCUCCAAGGAGAAGGUCACCACGCCCGACGACGACAAGCGCGGCAGCAUCGUCGAGGCCGAUGUCCAUUCGCUCAGCCAUGACCAUGGCGCUGAAUCCGAGCUCCGCCGCAUGCUUGGGACCCGCCACUUGACGAUGAUCGCGCUUGGCUCGUCCAUUGGCAUGGGCCUAUGGCUCGGCAGCGGCACGUCUCUCGUCAACGGUGGCCCUGCUGGUAUUUUCAUUGGUUACAUUCUCGCUGGAUCCAUGAUCUGGUCCGUCUCGCACUCGAUUGGGGAGAUGGCCAUUAUGUACCCUCUGCCGUCUGCCUACGUGCAGUGGACUUCCAAGUUCAUCUGCCCGUCCGCUGCUUUCGCGCUUGGCUGGUCGUACUGGUUCUCGUACGUGAUUACCAUCGCCAACGAACUUGCUGCCGCCAAUACCGUUCUGAGCUUCUGGACUGAGAAGGUUCCCAUUGCCGGAUGGAUUACCAUCUUUUGGGUCGUCCUCGUCGCGGUCAACGUCGGCGCUGUCACACUUUUUGGAGAGGUCGAGGUUGUUGCAUCGACCAUCAAGUUCGGAUGGAUCUUUGUCGUCAUCAUCUCUUUCAUUGUGAUAUCUGCUGGCGGCGCGCCCAACCACGAUGCUGUCGGUUUCCGGUAUUGGAACUCGGAGCCAUUCACAAAUGGCUUCAAGGGCUGGUUGGCUGUUAUGCCUACCUGUAUUUUCGCAAUGUCCGGUGGUGAGAACUCUGGUCUUGUCGCGUCCGAGAUGAAGAACCCGAAGAAGGCCGUCCCGCAUGCCGUCAGCUCCAUCUGGGUUCGCCUGGCACUCUUCUACCUAAUGGGUUCCUUGAUGAUUACCAUCACGGUUUCUCCCGAGAACCCUGACCUGUUUGGUGGCUCCGGCACCAAUGCCUCACCCUUCGUCAUUGCCUACCGCGACGCUGGCCUACAACCUAUGGCCCACAUCAUGAACGCUGUCAUCUUUCUUUCCGUCAUUUCGACUGGAUCAAUUUCCGGAUACGGCGGCUCCCGUACUACAAUGGGUCUUGGCCAGCUGGGAAUGGCUCCUAAGAUUUUCACCCGAGCGGACAAGACAGGCCGCCCAUGGGCUGGUCUCAUCUGCACACUUGGCCUUGGCGGCGCUCUCGCGUACAUCAACGUCAGCGAAACUGGCGCGGAGGUCUUCACCUGGUUCUCCAAUCUGACGUCAUUGUUCACGCUUUUCGGCUGGGGCAGCAUCUGCUUCUCCCACAUCCGCUUCCGCCGCGCUUGGGCCAUCCAAGGACGCUCCCCCGCCGACCUGCCCUGGAAGUCAUGGACCUUCCCUUACGCGGCGUGGUGGGGUCUGUCCUGGUGCAUCAUCCUCAUCAUCGUCGAGUUCUACCUCGCCGUCUCCCCGCUCGGCGGCACGCCUAGCGCCGAGAACUUCUUCGCGAACUACGUCUCCGUCCUCGUCAUUAUCGUCCUCUACCUGGGGGCUCGCAUCUACAACCGUGGACCCUGGUGGCAGGACCUCUCCAAAGUUGACCUCGAUGCAGGCAGGCGUUUCUACAUCGAUCACGUUGACGAGGAGGUGGCAGCUGAGAAGAAGAGUGCGAACCCGCUCGCUAAGGCGGGCAAGAGCGUUGUCGGUUUCUUCGGUGGUGAGAUCUGA